GGAGGAGGAGCGAGCGGGGGGAACUGGCUGGCUGAGGCUCGCUGCUCUCAGUCUGUACUCUGUGCUUCUAGAAGCAGCUUCCCUCUCACUUCACUCUUGCAUACUGUGGUUUGACUCUUUUUUUUUUUUUUCCUGAGCUGAGAACGGCAAACACAAGCAGCAGAGGGGCUCAUUUGCUCCUUUUUUUUUUUUUACGAGCACCAUGCUGCCCUGGAGACGGAAUAAGUUUGUUCUGGUGGAGGAUGAGGCCAAGAGCAAACCCAAGAGCCUGGGCACGGGGCUGACCUACCAGUCCAUCCUCUCCUCGCUGCUGCGCUCCUGCCCUGACCUGCUGCCCGACUGCCCCUUCGACUGGGUGGGCAACAUCUUCCACACCAAGCGGCAGAAGGUGGAGCUGAACAAGGAGGAGCCCGUUUAUAACGUGCGCUACCUGGGCAGCGUGGUCACUAUCACGGCGAAGGGGGACGGCUGCACCCAGGAGGCGGUGGCCAAGAUCUGGGCGAGGAGCAACUACGGGGAUCAGAGUGUCAAGAUGAGGUUAAUGGUGGGACCGCAAGGGAUCCGGAUGAGCACGGACAAAGCUGGGAAAAAGAAGCCGGUCCACCUUUACUCCCUGAACAGAAUCACGUACUGUGCGCCCGACCCGUGCCGGCCGAAGAUCCUGGCGUGGGUCUACCGGCACCAGGUGAAGAACAUGGCGGUGGUGCUCCGGUGUCACGCCGUCCUGGUCAGCAAGUCGGAGAAGGCCCAGGCCAUCGCCCACAGCCUCUACCAGAACGCCACCUCCUCCUUCAGCGAGUUCAAGCGGCUGAAGCGCCAGAGCGACUUCCGGCACUGCCAGCAGCAGCUGCUGGGCGAGGAGGCGGUGCCCCUGAUGCCCCUGAGGAGGCUGCUGAACGGGCAGUGCCACUACAGACCGCCGGCGGAGAACCCCGGGACUGCCACCCGCCUCUGCUCCAUCACAGAGGAGGAGGAGGAGGAAGAGGAACCAGAGAAACAGAUGGAGAAACAGGUUUUAACCACAAACACAGACCCGACUCAGUUGUUAUCCGAGUUGGACAUCGGGGAUAUUGCCAGACUGGAGCAGUGCCAAAUCCACUUCAUCAGCGACAGCAACAACAACACGUUUACAUUCAUAACCUCUCUGGUGUGACGCUGAAACUGUUUAAAUUCUGCAACACAUUCCUCUCUCUUUGUCCUUCACUGGUUUCCCUUCUCAGGCUCCCUCCUGCCCCCCCCCCACCCCUCCAACCCCCCCUCGCCCCCCCCCCACCCCUCUCUCCGUCCAUGUGAAGUGAAGUGUUUACCAGAAACUUCUCCGACCACCGGGCGGAAGAGAAAAAAGGAAGAGCUGGUUCUGUGGGAGUUAUUUUGUUAUUCAGAGCAGACGGCUCUGACUGUUUGACUGUAGCAGUUUGUGAAGCUACGUGUUUACAAAAGAGGGCUGAUGAUGAUGAUGAUGACGAUGAUGAUGCACAGACGAACAUAGCACAAAGACAAACGAGGGCGAUGGUUUCGGCGAGCGCUGACUCCGAAAACCUCUUGACAUGUGGGUCAUAUUUCGACCACAGCACCGAGCAGGAUUUCUUUAUUAGUCCUCUCUUAUUCUUUUUUUUUUGUAUUCUGAGGCCGUGUUUGCCAGCAGGGACAUUUUUUUGGGGGGGAAUCGACUUGUAAUAUUUUUUUCAGGGAGGCUCUUUGUAAAUUUGUGUAAUUCUUUUCUAAUUUAACAAUCCUCACAGAAAUCUUUCACAGACCGACCUUUAGUGAGUGCUUACAAACUCGAGAAGUUUAUUACGGUUUUUGCUAAUGAUCACAGCCGACUAAUGAAUAAAGGCUGUAAAUUAGGAAGCAAGCCAUUAAGUCGACAUUGCAUUCAUUGCUGCCAUUUGUCACCUUCCUUAUCAUUUAUGCAUGACAUGUCAGGAGUAACCUUUUCAUGCUCAGCUUUUUUUUUUUUACUUGACAUCUUUGAUCCCUCAGCUUUUUAAAAAUGAACACUGUGAUAAAUGUGCGACCAAGGACAAAAACACACAACUGUUCAUGUAGAAAUGUCUAUUUUAUGUCAUGCAUUUUAUGUAGCAUCACCUGGUUUGCAAAAAACCCCAAAACAACAACAACACCCUAAUCUGUUUAACAUUCCUGCUCUUUUUUUUUUUUGCCAAGUUUACAGUUAUUGCAGUUUUUCCACACGAGCUCUCGCAAAAAUGCAGAUGGACCCUUACAAUUCCACACAAACUAUUUUGAAUAUGACUACAAGCUAAUUUCCUGUUGAUACGAUCUGUGCCACCGUGUAAAGAUGCAUUGUGAUUCAUAUGAGAUGAAGCUAUUUAUUUACCAGAUAUGAUGAAUAAAAAUGACCCACACUUGGGGUUUCCUCCACCAUGGGCUGGUGUUUCUACAUGUUUUCCUAAAAGAUUAUUCAAAUGAAUUCAACAACUCUGCAUCCCAGCGAUUUUUGCAUUUGCAUGUUUGUGCUGUGAGUAUAUGUGCAACAUACACUUCAAAGAAAGGAGAGCAACAUAUUGACGGUGUGUAACCCCAUUCCUGAGCUCUAAAUCUGCACAAAAAAACCAAUGUCAGCUUUUAACUGCCAUUCAGUCCCUUUACAUGUUACUGUAGUUUGAUUAUUAAAAAUUCUGCAGGCC